CAGCACCAUCGCCGCGGUACGGAGCUGUUUAGUAAGGGUGAGUGAUUGGAGAGGGGGAGGAGAUGGCCGACUCGCUGAGAAGACUGGUGAACACUUGCACGUACAGCGUCCUACAAGACAAACUCGAGAGCUGGUACCAGGAUUACCAUCUUAGCUCAUGUGACCAGAACCUUAACCGCUGCUGUGAAAUUCUGGAGUUGACUUCUAAUGUUCAGGGACAGCUUUUUGGAAUAUUAAAUUUAACUGCCAAAGAAGGUGGCCAUUUUGCUGGAGUUGAUACACUUAAAUCACGUUUCUUACCAUGGCUGGGAUCUUGUUUUACCAUUACUACUUCAGGAGUUACGAGUGAUACCAGUUUCAGUCUUAUUCAAGAGUCUAAAGAGAAGGACAUAAAAAUAAGAGAGCUUUCAAUCUCUCAUGACAAAGAAAUGAAAAGAAUGGAGACGCAGCUAAACAUAGCACGUUCACAACUGGAGACGAUUAAACAAGAAUUUAGAGAUGCACAGAUCGACCUAGAUGAAACCAGAAACAAAUCUGCAACAGCCCUUCUAGCGACUGAAGAUGACAUCAUUAAGUUGAAAGCAGAUUUAAAUGCAUCCCAAGAAGAGGCUGAAAUGUACAAAAGGAAGCUAGAUAUUCUAGAUGAUUAUGAGAGACGAGUAAGAAUGCUGAAAAAUGAAAUAGCCACCCUGUCCGCAGAAAAAUCUUAUAUUCAGGAAAGGAGUGGCAGAAGCCAAUCAACUAGCCCCUUGACAUGUCGGAGUCGAUCUCCAAGCCCACUUCCAUACCACAGGAAUGAAUCUCCAUCCUACAAAAGACUAUCUAAUGCUACCCGGCAGUCAUGGUUAAUUAGCCGCUUCAAUGUCAUUUAUGAAAGUGAUCGAUUGGAUGCACAAAGUCUAUUGAGGCAGUAUAUCAAUAAUGUCGAGCUGGUGCAGAGGAUCGUUUUUACUGCCACAGUGGAAUCCUUCCAUUCUGCAAAGAUAGCCUUUAGGAAAUUCAAGUUGCGAGUCAGAAAGACCCUCGCUCCUUCUCAUAUAGGACCAGAAUCCUUGGAUAGUGCUGUGAUGGACUACAUUAUCCGAAAUAUAGAUCUGUAUGAUGUCCAGUCAAGUGUCAAUGAUAUUAUCCAUGCUAUGGAUGUAAAUCCAAAAAUUUCCUUCCCACCAGAAGUCGAUUACAACCUCAUCAAUAACUUCAUCCGAGAAGUUUGUCUCUUGGCCUUCUCAAUGCAGUCUCUUGAUCCUCCUCUAGACAUUGCAUUCUCAACUGAUGGCGAGCUAUUCAGUGAGCACAAGUAA